UCAACGCUCGGGAAAGACAUAUGGUGCUGUUUCAAACAGCUCGCAGAGCAGUUAUAUCCGUGUAAUGAAGAAGAGUUGGUCUUAAUCAAAGCAAUCCCAAGCUGUCAUAAAAGAAUAUCAAGAACUGCCAAAUCACGAUGAAAUGAACGGCCGUGAUCUGAUUUCUAUCUUUCAUGAAAUCCCAUAGAAAAACAAUAUUCACAUUUCUUCAUUAAUUUAAAGAGAAAACCGAAAGCCACCAAAACCAGACGGGUAAGAGCUAGUUGGAUUUUGGAAACCCCUUUUAUUUUUUCCCUCUCCAUUAACCCCUCUCCUUUAUAUUCAGGGGAAUCGUUUCUACGCCAUAAGCGAAAUCUUUCUCUCUCUCUCAUCUUUUGUAAUGCGUUUUUCUAAAAGCUAAUUCUUGUAACUCUUGUUUCGUCUUUUUUUUUUCUCUGUGAAUUCUUCUCUAAAGAGAGAAAGGAGAGGGGAGGGAAAUGGCAUCGGGGUUCUCUGGGGGCGGCUCAGAUUUUUACGGUGGAAUAACAGGCAGAUCCGUGGCUAAAACUGGCAUCAUGAGCAACAACCAACCCACUGCACCGUACGGGCCACAAGUCCAUGGAAUCUUCGUGGACCAGGCGUCUCAGAUCAUGAAUCGAGCCACACCCAGCCUCAUCGGCAAGCGAACACUAGCUGACUUCCAAACGCAACAACUCCAGAACAAUCAUGCCGGCCUCAGUAGUCUUUAUAUCCGUUCAGUUAAGCCCAGAACUUACCAGAACGCUUCUCCGAUUUCUCCGUUAUCUCCCACAGAUAUGUCUUCCAACAUGUUGCCAGACGUUACAAGUAAUUUCUCUUCUCCUUCUUGCUUGUCGCAGCGAAACGGAGUGCCGCUUUUACAACAACUGAGGCCGCAGCAACUUCGUCUUGGAAUCACCUCCGGAGCCACAAUCCAGGCCGUGAGCCCUGGUUUAUCAGGCGCUCAGUUCAUGAAACCUGUUCAAGGACGGGUGGUCCAGGCGCAAGACCCGGAAAAAAAGAUGAUGAAUCAGCUUCAAGAGCUGGAGAAACAGUUGUUAGACGACGACAACGACGAGGAAGGAGAUGCGGUUUCGGUGAUUACCAAUAACAACAGCGAGUGGUCUGAAACUAUACAAAACUUGGUCAGUUCUGGCAGCCCUAACAACCCGAUUGCCCCAUCGCCUACUUCUUCAACUACUUCAUCGUCGUCGUCCACGUCAUCAGCGGCUUCUCCUUCUUCGACUUGUUCAAAGCAGACAAUAAUGGAGGCCGCAUCAGCUAUUUCCGAGGGCAAAAUUGAUGUCGUUAACGAGAUCCUGACCCGAUUAGCUCAAGUGGCUAACGGUAAAGGGAAUUCAGAGCAGAGGUUGAUGGAGUGCAUGUUGUUGGCUCUUAAAUCGCGGGUUAACUCAUUAGAAAACACGCCACCGGUGGCUGAGUUGUUCAGCAAGGAACACGCUGCUGCGACUCAGUUGCUUUAUGAUCGGUCUCCUUGUUUUAAGCUCGGGUUCUUGGCUGCUCAUAUGGCUAUCCUGGAUGCCACUUUGGACCAACCAAGCUGUAAUAAGUUACAUGUUAUUGAUUUUGAUAUUGGCCAAGGAGGGCAAUAUAGAGAUCUUCUCCACGCGCUCUCGGAGCGUGGGAGAGGGAACCCUGCAAUGGUAAAGAUUACAGCUAUUGCUGAUAAUGGUGGGGAUGAGAGGCUGAAGAUGGUUGACGAUACGCUGAGUCAAAUUGCUGACCGAUUUGGAAUUUGUUUGAAAUUUAAUGUGGUAGCGGGUCUUAAACUCAGCGAUCUGAGUCGCGAGUCGCUCGGUUGCGAACCAGACGAGCCAUUGGCUGUUAAUUUCGCGUUCAAGCUUUAUCGAAUGCCCGAUGAGAGCGUGUCCGUGGAAAAUCCGAGAGACGAGCUUCUCCGUCGCGUGAAAGGAUUGGCGCCGCGCGUGGUGACAUUAGUGGAACAAGAAAUUAACACUAAUACGGCGCCGUUCGCAUCGCGGGUGGGAGAAGCGUGUGGAUAUUAUGGAGCGUUGUUUGAGUCGAUUGAGUUGACUGUGUCGAGGGAGAAACCGGAACGAGUGAAGCUGGACGAAGCGCUAAUGCGCAAAAUUGCCAACUCAGUUGCGUGUGAGGGGAGGGAUCGCGUUGAGAGAUGCGAGGUUUUCGGGAAGUGGAGGGCCCGGAUGAGCAUGGCGGGGUUCGAGUUAAAGCCACUGAGCCAAAAUGUUGCAGAGUCGAUGCGUGCCGGACUCAUUUAUGGUAAGCGAGUCAACCCGGGAUUCACCGUUAAAGAAGAAAACGGAGGGGUGAGUUUUGGUUGGAUGGGCCGAACUCUCACCGUCGCAUCCGCUUGGCGUUAACUUCACUUUUCCUUUUUCUCUCUCUAAUAUUAAUAUUAAUUGUUAUUAUAGUUUUCCUUAGAAGAAAAAAAAUAUGAAAAAGGAAAAAAAAAUCCCACCAAACCCUAAUAAUAAAAAUGAGUGUUUGGAUUCGAGGAAAAUUCUGCCCCUCCAUUUUAUUUUUAAUGUUUUCUUCGUUGCUUGUGUGAAUGAAGUGUCCGGUAUAUUUGUGGUAUGGCAUGGUGUGUAGUUUUGCCCUCACCUUACCAACAAUUGGAGGGCUCCACUUUUGGGUUA